GCCAGCCAGGAGCGCGCACUCAGCGGCUCUCCGGGUCCCAGCCGCGCCCCGCUGCCCCGCACCUCCUUCUCCUGCUCCUCUCCGGGUACCCCUCGCCCCCUCCCUCCAGCAGCUGCUACGCUCGGGCAGCGGCCGCCCCCGGCCCCUACUCGGCCACAUCCCCAACUCUCUGGGCUCACUCCUGGGACGCGCGUCCUCGCCCCAUCCUUUCUUCCUUCCUCCCCUCGCGCCCGCCCGCCCUCUCCAGGUCUCCCUCUCGGGUCCCGAUUGUCUCCGUCCCCUUCUCGGUCCGCCGGCGCCUCGCCCUGCCCCGUCUCUCCCUCGCACUUCCUGAGUCGCCCGCCGCCGCUGUCUCGCCGCGCCGCGGGAGCCCGAGCCCGAGCCGAGCCGAGCCGCCGCUGCCCCGGCUCCAGCCCCCGCAGCGCCCGGGGAAGGGAAAAGUGGGCGAGCGCGCCCUCGCCCAGCCCCGCGCCCCAGCCCUGCCCGGCGAGGGAGGACCGGGAAGAUGAACAACGGCAGCAAAGCCGAGAAGGAGAACACCCCGAACGAGGCCAACCUUCAGGAGGAAGAGGUCCGGACUCUCUUUGUCAGUGGUCUCCCUCUGGAUAUCAAACCUCGGGAGCUGUAUCUGCUUUUCAGACCAUUUAAGGGCUACGAGGGUUCUCUUAUAAAGCUCACAUCUAAGCAGCCCGUAGGUUUUGUCAGUUUUGACAGUCGCUCAGAAGCAGAAGCUGCAAAGAAUGCUUUGAAUGGCAUCCGCUUCGAUCCUGAAAUUCCACAAACACUACGACUAGAGUUUGCUAAGGCAAACACGAAGAUGGCCAAGAACAAACUAGUAGGGACUCCAAACCCUAGUACUCCUCUGCCCAACACUGUACCUCAGUUCAUUGCCAGAGAGCCAUAUGAGCUCACAGUGCCUGCACUUUACCCCAGUAGCCCUGAAGUGUGGGCCCCGUACCCUCUGUACCCAGCGGAGCUAGCGCCUGCUCUACCUCCUGCUUUCACCUACCCCGCCUCACUGCAUGCCCAGAUGCGCUGGCUCCCUCCCUCCGAGGCUACUUCUCAGGGCUGGAAGUCCCGUCAGUUCUGCUGAAUCCCAUGUUCCAGGUGUGUGAUGGUGGCUGCAAUCUGUCUUGUGGGUAUUAACGCAAUCUUCAAGUGGCUUCUGUUCUCGAGCUGUUCUACAAAACUGGAGCGCGCUGGGAUUGAAAUAGCCACAUUCUGACCUUCUAUUCAGUCUGGAACAUCUAUGGCAAUGCGGACGCAUUCUUUUCCCAUGUGAGAACUGCAUUUACCCAACACAGUUAUGGAAAAGCGGAAAAGCUCAGGAAACUAUCGACUCUCACCCCUUUCUUUGUUUCUUCCCUCCCUGUUCUUUUUCACUUCAAAAGAUCCGACUUUCUACGCAGCCUUAGAUUAACCAGCCCCGUCCAUCUUUCUUCCUGCUCAGGGGCCCAGGAAGGGGACAGAGGACCCUUAAGUCGGGGGUGUUGCUUAUCGCCUCAGAAAGCUGGGGCGUCUUCCCAGUCCCCGCAUCAGCUUUCUGUAGAGGCCCUGUCAGGGCCGGUGUGCAGAGCCCCACGUGGGCCCCAGGCACAGUCUCCUGGCUCUCAGCCUAGCCUGGGCAUGAUCAAGGCUGGGGGCCACGUCCCAUUAAUAGCCCAUCGUUCCCGUUUCAUUUGUCCUAGAGUCCAGGUGUGUGCAUUUUUGCUACAUGCAAGUGACUGUGUCUGGAGUAGAGGAUGGUGGAGACGGUCUCAGGGAGGGAAGUAAUCCUUGUGAAAGCCAAGUAAGUGGCCUGGACCGUGAGAGCUCCAGCCAGGAGAUGAGAAAGCCCUGCAGCCUGAAGGGAUCAGGAAAGGCUGGAGGAAGUGGUGCUUAAACUGAGUUUUGACAGAUAGUAGGGUUUGUGUAUGCGGAAAUACACUAACAGAAGCGGGGGACGUAAGAAUGUGUGGUCUUGUGGAAAAUGGAUUUUGAUCAAGGUUUUGAGGGUCUUGGAGAGGCAGCGGAGAUCUGAGCCAGGUAGCGGGAGGUGCUUUAGGAAUUGUCACCUUACUGCCCAAAGCAAAAUGCAUGGUCUAGUGGAAACACGUACCAGGAGAGGCGAACCAAGCCGGUGAUGGCGGUGUCAAGAGUGACCUGAGAGUGCAGGGCAUGUCUGGGGCGCAUCCGUGUGAAGGCCAAGUGGUGAGUCUCGGUAGAGACGUGUUGCCUUUGAGGUCGUGGCAGAAACGCCCAGGGCAGAGCUGAUGGGAAUGGGGAGAACUGCCCGGGAGCUGGCAACGUGCACUUGCCUGAAGGUGGCCUUUGAGCUCCGGAGAAGCAAGCAGACCUAGACCAGGCAGGCCCUGCCUCACCGAGCCAGGGGCUGUAAGAGCUUUGUCCUUCCUAAACUAGUGGGCGGCCCUCUCCAAGCCCAUGCUCUGUGAGACGCCCCUCAGGUUCCCAGAGCCUACGGGCUGCCCGCUGCUGUCCCCUGUGAGUUGUUCCGAAGUGGGAACUGCUGUUCCUUGGCCCUGGUUUCCUGGAAUCGACGACGUCCACGGCUUGGGUUGCUGGCAUGGGGUCAAGUUUGGAAUGACGUGGGACUUGUCAUUCCAGGCCUGACAAGCCAAGACUGAGGAGGAAGGAAGCUGGCCUCGUCUCCGGGUCCCCAAAGCUGGUUUCCCUCCUCCGUGGACGGACAGACUGGCAGGUGGGGGAGGCCCCUUUGGCAGCCAGAGGGCCGCAGAUCAGACGCUCGUGGGGACUGAGGCUCUUGAGUUCAUUAGAGAACGUCAGCUGCUACAGCACCAAAGACGAGGCCUGGCCCUGUGACACCCCCCCCCCCCCACAACCCUGGGCACGUGCAUUCCUGCCACCCACCCGGGCCUGCUUCAGGCCGUGCACACCUGGGCUGGAUCGGGGGUCCUGGUGCCCCACCCCCUGCUGGGUAGAAAUCAGGCGGGAGAAGAGAUGUAGCUUUCACGAGGGUGGGGGGCGUCCUUCUGCUGGCCCUGCUGAGUGUCACAGUACGUGUGACCUGCACCAAAGAUGGGGAGUGAAGGGUCCUGGCCCGCUUCGAUUCCUCCGGCAUUGAGUGAGUCUGGGGGGGCUGAUCCCCACUACUGUGCUGGGCACCAGGGGAAGCAAAGGAGUUUUCCUAAAGGAGUGAUCACCUCCUGCUGGACAAAUCCUGUACCAGAGAACUCGGAGAAACUGAAGGGAGGACACGGGGACCUGGCUCCCAGAGCUCGAGUUGGGAACAUUUCUAAACCGAAGGGGACACUCGUUAUUCUUUCUAUAAUCGUAACUAAAUGAUAGGCGAGGACUAAUUUAAUAGUUACAACAAGCUGAAGAGACAGGUAAGUGUUAACCGAACUUCAGAGAAGAGGUUCUGGAUGUCCAGAUCCCCACUCUUGAGAGCAGUGUCCUACCUUCUCCCCGUGGAGUUUUCCAGGAGCCACAGGUUUGUGGUUAUUAUAUUUGGUCUUCUGACUUGUGGCUCAUUAGUUUUACCCAUUUGUACUGUCAACCAAAAACUAGGCUCUGACAAGAUAUACUGGGACAUAGUUUAGAUCCAGCUGGCACUGGACGGAUCUGGGUGGGAGAGGAGUGUUCAUUAAGAUCGUCCAAUUAGCCGUGUCUGAAAGAGUUUAACUCAGGGCAGGACAGGGGCUGUUAACAGCAAGGACGCCUUCCUCCCACAUACAAAAUUCUAGUAGUAUAUGCUGAUUACUUCUACGUAUACCUUUCCGGCAAUCACAGAUUUAUGUGAGUCUGACCUGUUGGUAAGAUGGCAAGAAAACAAGGGACUGGGGAGUUGGAGAGAUGAAAGUAAAAUGAGUGACAGAAUAAGAGUAGAGCACCUACAAUGCAGCCUUCACGUAAGUGAGUAAAUCCAGACACAAAGGAGCUGAGAAGUGUUUACGAAACUCCUGGGACCAGGGCGGGGGUCUGCCAGGGACGAAGUCUAGAUGAUUGUCCAAAGACCCUUUAUUCUGCCACGAAGCAAAACAAAUAUGAACGUUUCCUUGCAGGGGAGGGAGGGCUUGAAAAGAUUCUAGCAAGAGAAAGAUAAACAGAAAUUAAAUACCCGCUCCCCGUGUUUCUAAAGCCAGACCACUGAGCGUCUGGCUUGUGAGUGGUCUUCAUCGGGAGGGUCAGUGAGGAUACUCCGUGUUUACAGAAAGGUGUACACAUGCGCCGUUGUGGGGAAUCACCAGGAGUCUCUGAGCCGUGGCUUCUAUACACUGGUGUCCCGAAACAGCCCCGUGGCUCAGAGGAAGACCACGCGCUUGUGAGACCCACUGCCCUUACAUGCUUUCUUUCUGUUUCAGGCUGGAACCCGCCCAGUUUUGGUCCCUUCAAGACUCUGCCACAGCCUCUAUCACACAUCUGUUUUUCUCGAAGAAAAAAAUACAAUAAAAAUGUUUUACUCUUUUACACUGUAUAA